GGAGAGAGCGAGAGGAGACGUUACGGCGCGCGGCUUGUCAAGACGGAUACUAAAGCACCCCGGGGGGUCUCAGUCGAGAUGCGGAUUUGUUAACAUUCAAUGCAGAACAACCAUCAAUGAAGAAGACUGUUUCAUAUUUUUCCUGAAACUUGUUUUUUUGUUGUUCUUUAACCGUGAGGGGGACGCACGACGAUGUACGACCCGGAGGGCGAACUAUAUUUUGCGCUUCAAUAAGUGAAGACCUGCCUCAUCCAGACACGACAGGCCAAUGUAUUUUUCCGUUUGGGCUAACUUUACCACACUUGUUGUGUGCGUCCGCAUAAUCCUAGCCUCACUUAUUUGAAAAUAAGAGUGCGGGGAGAUCCAAGAAUACACUGUGUGCUACUUGCGAAAAUUAUGAAGUGAAGAGGGCAAUAUGUAAGUUAUUUCACUUUACUCUGGUGUGUGGCGGAUAACUUAACUAGCGACGAGUCAUCUGUGGCCGCUGAUCACUGCCCGGGCGGAUCUCCCUCCAGGACCCAGAACGACAACAUUGAAUGUCUUUGUGACAUCCGCCACUUGGAAGAAUGACAGUCACACUAGACUUUGAAGAGUGCCUCAAAGACUCACCUCGCUUCAGAUCUGAGAUUGAAGUCGUUCAGGGGGAUGUGAGUGAACUGGAGACACGUCUAGAUAAGUUGAUCAAGCAAUGCCACAACAUGCUGGAGGCCGGCAGGGUCUACUGCCAGACCAGCAAGAGCUUCGUCAACGGCCUCCAGGAGCUGGGACGCCACUACUCCUCCGACAACCUGAUGAAGGAAUGCAUCGACAAAUUCUCCAAAAAGCUCCUAGACAUCGUGGAGGCCAAGGGGGAAGUGAUUAAUGCAACCCAGGAGUCGGUCAGGAUGAAGCUGCAGAGCUUCGUGAAGGAGGACGUGCGCAAGUUCAAGGAGGUGCGCAAGGAGUUUGAGCGCAGCAGCGAGAGCCUGGAGGGGGCGCUGUUGAAGAACGCCCAGGUGGCGCGCGGGAAGCCCCACGAGGUGGACGAGGCCAGCCACUCGCUGCUCAGCGCACGCAAGACCUUCCGCUCGGAGGCACUGGACUACGUGCUGGAGAUCAACGUCAUCGAGGCCAAGAAGAAGACUGACAUCCUCAUGGUGAUGUUGUCAUUGAUCGAGGCUCAGGCGCAGUUUUUCCAAUAUGGCCACAAGUCUCUAUCAGAACUUGAGGACUUUAAACGCUCGCUCGGGGAAGAGCACACCCAGUUAGUGUUAAACUCUGCCCGGGAGAAGAGAGACAUGGAGCAGAGACACGCGGCCAUUAAGAAGAAGGACAUGUCCUACGACGACUCCAUCAUGGACUUUAACGCGGAGGCGGCCAACGGCAUCGUGAUGGAGGGCUACCUCUACAAGAGGGCCAGCAACGCCUUCAAGACCUGGAGCAGACGCUGGUUUUCAAUUCAGAAAAAUCAACUGGUGUAUCAGAAGAAAUUCAAGGACCAGCCCACGGUGGUGGUGGAGGACCUGCGUCUGUGCACGGUGAAGCCCAGCAGUGACGAGAGACGCUUCUGCUUUGAAGUGGUCUCCCCCUCCAAGAGCUGUCUGAUGCAGGCUGAUACGGAGAGACAGCAGCAGGCUUGGAUGAGGGCCGUGCAGAACAGCAUCGCCUCGGCCUUCCAGGAGCGCCGAGAGGACACACACAGCCCUAGGGAGCGCUGCAACUCCACCUCAUCGGGGGUCGGCGGGGGGCUGCCCGGGGAGCCGGGGGAGGGCCCCGCGCGGCGGGACGCCCUGGACGAGGUGCAGGCCAUCGUGGGGAACAAGCAGUGCUGUGACUGCGGGGAGGCGGGCCCCGACUGGGCCUCCAUCAACCUGGGCAUCACCCUGUGCAUCGUCUGCUCUGGCAUCCACCGGAGCCUGGGCGUUCACUUCUCUAAGGUGCGCUCCCUCACUCUGGACUCCUGGGAGCCUGAGCUCAUCAAGCUGAUGUGUGAGCUGGGGAACGACGCCAUCAACCGCAUCUACGAGGCGCGCAUCCAGGAGAUCACCAUCAAGAAGCCCCACCCCACCAGCCCCAGGGGGGACAAGGAGACGUGGAUCCGCUCCAAGUACGUGGAGAAGAAGUUCAUCCAGAAGCUCCCGGAGGCGGGGGGCGGCGGCCUCCCCCUGCUGCGGCGCGCCAGCGGCCGCCGCACCCGGGCCUGCACCCACGACCGCUCCCUGAGGCCCCCGCUCAAACCCAAGCCCGGGCGCGCCACACUGCCACGGCUCUCAGGGCCAAGCUACAAUGACCUUCCCCCCAAAAAGAAUAAUACAGGCUUUCACAAAGCUGAGGAAGGCCAGCAGCAGCAGGAUGAGGAGGAGGAUGAGGAAGAGGAGGAGGACCUCAGCACCCUGCACCCCGGGGCUCUGCUGUACCGCUCGGCGGGCCGGCCCAACUUCCUGGUGAUGGCGGACGCCCUGGCCCACGGCGCCGACGUCAACUGGCUGAACGCCGCCAAAGACUCCCGCAGCCCCCUGCUGCAGGCCGUGACCGCGAACUCCCUGGCGGCGUGUGAGUUCCUGCUGCAGAACGGAGCGAGCGUCAACCAGGCCGACGCCCACGGCAGCGGACCCCUGCACCACGCCACCGUGCUGGGCCACACCGGGCUGGUGUGUCUGUUCCUGAAGAGGGGCGCCGACUACAAUGCCAAGGACAAGUACCAGAAGGACCCCAUCGGCAUCGCCGUGGAGAACGCCAACGCCGACAUCGUCACCCUGCUGCGCAUCGCCAAGAUGAACAAGGAGAUGCGGGAGACGGAGGGAGGGUUCGGCCAAUCAGGGGACGCGACGUACCAAGACAUCUUCCGGGACUUCUCGCACAUGGCGUCGAACAACCCCGAGAAGCUGAAGCGACGCAGCGCCGAUCCAAAGUCCUAGAGUGAACACACACGCACACGCACACGCACACGCACACACACACACACACACACACACACACACACACACACACACACACACACACGUUGAGUCAUAGGUCAGCUGCUGUGUUGACUCCAUGGGAGAAUGAAGAGAGGUCCCAGCACAGUGGACUCUUUUGUGUUUACUGGUCAAACAAGAGGACUAAUGUUUGAUCAGUUCACACCAAAAAAGGAAAAAGGAUGGUGGGCUUCCAAGGGAAAUGGCUUCUGAGGGAAAAGCAGCAUUUGAUAUGUAUGACAGGUCUGGAAUGACUUGCCAUAGCUACGGCCUGGAUACACCAGCCAAAACAACUCCUUCUAACAAUGUGUUUAUGGUGUUGAUUUAUUUUAUGCUGUCUUUUUUUUUUUUUUUUUUUUACUGUCGCCUACAAAUAAAAUGCAAUGCAUGAUCCUUUUA